AUGUCGUCGCUAUCAUUAACCUCGAGACAUCGUAUUCUUACGCUUGGUGAUGGUAAUUUUUCGUAUUCAUUGGCAUUGGCGAAGCAGUUGCGGAAUCAAGGAAAUGAUCCAGUAAACAUUCAAUUAAUAGCAACGUCUUAUGAUACGUAUGAAGAAUUAAUUGGUAAAUACCCCGAGAGUAAACGGAUUUGUGCUCAAUUGACCCAAAUGGGCGUUACAGUCUGGCAUCGGGUGGAUGCGACGAAUAUUCACGAGUCCCUCGUGGCAGCUGGGGCAGAGCCGAAGCUUCGGUUUGACGCUGUGGUGUUUAAUCAUCCGCAUUGCGGAGAAGAGAAUGUUCGACGACAUCAGAGUUUGUUAUCACACUUUUAUGCGUCGGCGUUGGAAGUUUUGGAGAAGAAGGAAGAGAAGAAGAAGGAGAAGGAGCUCAGUGGGAUUUUAUUGACGCUAGCGGAGGGACAACCGGAACGAUGGCAAGCCGUGCAGCGUGCACUAAGUGCUGGAUUGACGCUGUAUCGACAAGUGGACGAUGUGGACAAUGACGAUCGAUUUGGACUCGUGUAUGAACGCAAACGGCAUCAAAAUGGCAAGUCUUUUCAUCAGGUUACGCUUUAUGGCGAGAAGAUGAAGCAGACUAGCACACUGUUUAUUUUCCGACGACAGGAGGAUGAUAUGGAUACUAGAUCUGCUACGGGUACUGCAGUGUGGUCGGUAGCUGGCAAGGAAAAGAUGAUACCGACGACACGGAAGCGGAAGGCUGAGAAGGACCUGUGGCUCGAGUUUGCGUGCACCCAGUGUGAGAAAAGCUUCAAGUCAGUGCAGGGUCUAAAGACGCACGUUCACAUGGUGCAUGAGCUUGAAGCUGGUAGUGCAUCGAUGAAGGUACUUCUUUGCAAAUUCUGUGACCGUACAUUCAAGAAAGAGGACGCCAAAAGACAGCAUGAGCUAGCCAAACACGGCAAGGACCCACUUAUUAAACCGGAUUGGUUUGAAACGCGGCAGAUUAUCGAUUCGACAAGUGAAUCAUGUGCAGCUUCUUCUGUUCGUGUAAAGGACGUGCCAAGUGCGACUACGACAAGAAUAACGAGCGAGCCGAAGACCUGUUUGAUAUGUGAGCAUUCUUUCAUAUCAAUGAAAGAUUUUGACGCACAUUGGCAGAAACUUCAACCACGAGCUCCAAUGAAGCAUAUAUGCUCGAGUUGCAGUCGUGAUUUUAAUGAGGAACGUGCGCUACGUCAGCAUCAGAACUUUUGCACCCAGAAAACUACCCAAUAA